AUUCAGUCCAGUCCGCGUUCACAGCGAACAUAUCACUGUAGACCAGAUAUUCGUUCACCUCAACUGCGCGUGAUCGCGCUUCUUCUUUGCACGUCGACUCUCUAUCAUCUUCAGUGAGUUCGCCAGCUUCAUUACCUGGCGAACAUUGCUAGAAGCCUUGGAUCGACCCGCGGAUCUCCCCGACAUGCCUUGACUUUACCCUCCGCAUCCAACUUCCAUUCGGCUCUCUAUUCUCGGGUUGCUCUUAGGAGCUGAUAGUGGAGAUGGCUGCCGCGGCCAUCAGCAACGGCAGCGUCGCAAACAAUUCAAAUGCGAUCAAUGGGGGGAUCACAGCUGCUUCGCGAUUUGCCGACAUUCCUUCUGCGGUCGAUAUUCCUGUGUCGGGAGGUCUCGAUGCUGAUGAAGCGGUCGAAGUGAACCUCGAGGACAAUCUGGAUGACCCAACAGAACUCUGCCAGCUACUCGAGAACGAGAAAGCGGCUAAAAAUUUGUGGAUAACAAUUGCGUUAGCUUAUGCGAAACAAAAACAAAUCGACCAUGCUAUCGAGAUCCUGGUCAAGGGCUUGGGAUCGCUGUCGAGAAGUGGACCGAAAGAGAGGUUGAGUCUGCUGACAUGUGUAGCAUGGCUGAACCUACUCAAGAGCAGACAAGCACCUCGUGUGUUGCCCGAGUCUCAACAGUCUUCGGAAGCAAAGACGAAAGACCACUACCUGCGCGAAGCCACUGCCACCAUUAACGAUGCACUUCGAAUUAACCCUGCGUAUCCUCCCUUGUACCUCACACGAGGUGUGUUGUAUCUUCUUCGAGCAUCCUUGCAAUCCUCCACGAAGACUGGCGCUGAAGCAGAAAGAGCAGAAUCUCUCAAACAGGCUUUGAAAUGCUUCGAUGAUGCUCUGAGAGCUUCCGAUGGCCGCAACAUGAUGGCUGCAAUGGGACGCGCCAGGACACUCUAUCUUCUCAAGCAGUUUAGCCCCGCUCUCCAAGUAUAUCAGGAGGUUUUGUCAAAGAUGCCUGGUCAUACCGAUCCGGACCCACGGAUAGGUAUCGGCUGCUGUUACUGGCAAUUGGGAUUUCAUGAAAGAGCCAAGAUGGCCUGGGAGAGAUCAGUGGCGCUGAACCCGGAGUCAAAGGUUGCGCAUGCGCUGCUGGGAGUCUAUUAUCUGCAUGAGAGUGCGAAGUACCCAGCCUCCGAUCCGCAGUUCAAUCUUCUCUACAAGAAGGCCAUGAGUGAGCACACGAAGAAAGCCUAUACUAUCGACAAGAACUUCCCGCUCAGCUGUGCGACUUUUGCGAGCUACUUCUUGCUGACUGGUCGAUAUGACACGGUGGAACCUCUGGCACGCAAGGCCAUUGAACAAACCGACAUCAACGCCAUCGCCAGUGAUGGAUGGUAUCUGCUGGCCCGCAAAGAGCACAACAAAGGCGAUCUGGCCAAGGCAAGUGAUUACUACACUCGAUCUGAUCAGGCCAGAGGAGGGCUUGACAAAGGGUAUUUCCCUGCCAAGUUUGGUCUCAUCCAAAUCAUGGUGCAAUCUGGGGACUUGCAAGGCGCCAAGUUUCGCCUCGAAUCACUGGGUCAGCUCAACCGGCAUGUUGAAGCCAUGACGCUGUUGGGAUGCUUGUAUGCAGAAGAAGCGUUCUCGUCCCAGAACACUCCGACGAAAGAGGAGAAGGCUGCCUCAGCUCGCAAAGCCAUCACGCUUCUGGAGAACGUCCGCCGAACAUGGAAGGAUGAAAAAUCUCGGGUCAGACCCGAUGAGUCUGUACUGCUUUAUCUGGCGCGUUUGUACGAGCUGGAGAACCCGGUGGAGAGCUUUAAAUGUCUCCAACAAGUUGAGGCGAUGCAAUUGGAAAAGAUUCUUGACGAGGACAAGCCGGAUGUAGGCGAGGAUGAAGCGACCUAUAUCAGUCAACUACGCGAAAACCUUCCUCCGCAACUGCUCAACAAUAUGGCUUGUUUCCUGUACAAUCAGGAGUCGUACUCCCUCGCUCGGGAGACGUUCCAGAUCGCUCUCAACGCCUGCGUCAAGCUGACUGAGAAACAGGAAGCGGAGAAAAAGGCUGUGGAGGAGGAAAAGAUCAGUUCGGAAGAGGUCGACAACAGUGAUACAGAUGCACUUGUGACCACGAUAUCCUACAAUUUGGCUCGUACCUACGAAGCUUUGGGCCUGACGGCCGAAGCGCAGAAGGUUUAUGAAGGUCUCCUUGCUAGACAUGCCGACUACACCGAUGCUUCAGCCCGUCUAGCCUUCCUCGCUUUGGAGUCCUCGCCGCGAGACGAGGGUCCCCGGAAAAUUCAUGCAGUGUACCAAAGUGACUAUGGCAAUACUGAAGUCCGAGCACUGAUGGGCUGGUACCAUCAUAGCGCGAAGAAGAAAACCAACAAUGUCGCCGAAGAUGUGGAAUACCGACACUACAAACAUACACUGCAAGGCUAUGAUAAGCACGACCUAUAUUCGCUCACGGGGAUGGGAAAUGUGCAUCUUGCCAUCGCCAGGGACAUGCCUCGCAAUACCGACCAGGAAAAGGAAAAGCGUAGCAAGAUGUACGCCAAGGCAUACGAGUUUUUCGACAAAGCACUGCAGCUGGAUCCGAAGAAUGCAUAUGCGGCGCAGGGUGUAGCGAUUGCAUUGUGCGAUGACAAAAAGGCUUAUUCGGAUGCCCUUCAGAUCUUCACCAAGGUCAAGGAUACCUUGCGGGAUGCGUCUGUGAAUGUCAACUUGGGCCACAUCUUGACGGAGCUUCGUCAGUACCAACGGGCGAUUGACAAUUACGACCUGGCCAUGCGGAAGGAAGGCAAGGCCGAGAAUGCGCAGUUGCUUGCCUGCUUAUCAAGAGCAUGGUUGUUGAAAGGCAAGGCUGAUAGAUCCAUUCCUGCUCUGAACACCGCUCUUGACUACAUGAAGCGUGCACUGGCAACUCAAUCCGACUCUCCUCAUUUGCAGUUCAAUGUGGCUUUCAUCCAGUUCCAGAUCGCACAGCAUGUCAAUCAAGCCAAGGAGACCGAUCGUACUUUGGAAGAUGUGGACGCCGCUAUUGCCGGUCUGGAGGCGGCCAUUGAAACAUUCGAGCAAGUGGCUCGACAUAAACAGCCUCCGUAUCCUCGAACUGCACUUGAACAGCGUGCGGCCAUGGGUAAGAACACGAUGAGAAACCAGCUUGAACGACAACGUGCGCGGCAGGCGGCUUACGAGAGUGAGAAUGCGGCGAAAUUGGAAGAGGCCAAACAGAAACGUCAAGAAGAACUUCGCCGACGAGAAGAAGCCGCCCGAAGACGCAGGGAGGAGGAAGAAGAACGUGCAAGAAAAAUCGCAGAAGAGCGGAGGAAGAUCAUCGAGGAGACGGAGAGGAUCGCCGAGCAAGUACGUGCUGAAGCGCUGGCCCGAGAAGCAGCCGAGUACACCGACGACGACGAGACCGGCGAACGAGUCAAGCGCAAGUCCAAGAAAGGGGGGUCUAAACGAAAGAAGAGAGAUGAUGAGGAUGGAUUCAUCGAAGACGAUGGUGAUGUGGAUGGAAGAAGUGAGCGGACCGUGUCCAGGACGCCAAUGAGCGGCGGCGGUUCGGACAAUGAAGGCACGGCGGAAAAGCCCAAAAAGAAACGGAGAAAGCUGGAGCGCAAGAAUACUCCGAAACAGUCGAAAAAGAAUGACAAAUACAAGUCGGCUGCCGUGGUGGUUGACUCAGAUUCGGAAUUGGAAGAUGAGCCGGAAGCAGUGGCAACACCUGAAGCAGGUGCCGAGACGCCGCCUUCUGAUGUGCGUGAUCGCGACGAGGAGAUGGUGGACAGGCGUGAUGAUGAUGAAGAGGAUGAAGCAGUCCAACCUCAGCCGCGGCCAAGACAGAGAAAACAACUGCGGACCAUUGCCGACGACGAUUCCGACGAGGAAGAAGACGAAGAAGACCAUGAGGGUCGGAAUGGUACCGCCGAGUCGACGGGAGCUCAGGAAGCUGGCGCUGCCGGGGUUGCCAGCGACGAAGACGAGUGAAGCUAGCAAAUUCAACCACAGUUGAUUGAGUCUUCGUUCAUCUUGGAAGCAUCGCCGCAGCAAUUGCUGCGCUCUGGGCAAACGAUCUCGUUUGUCUUUGCGGAUGAGUGUAAGAUGUAGCAUAGCAAAAGCAAUUCACGGAAGAUAGACCACCAUAACAUUGCACCGCGACUACCUUGAUUUUCUCGGCCCAGCUGUACCGUGUUGCCUGAAGUGUGGUGUUGGAGUGGCCGGUCGCUGCAAGUAUAUUGAUUGGCACGACAAGGCCGACUGACAGAGAUGAAUCUGCCGAACACCAGCGGCAGGCUACCAGUAGGAUUAGAGUUCUGGGGCAAUAGCUUGCAAUGGUGUGAUGAUGAGCUCG